AAGCGUAAGCGUCGAAGUUUACUUCGAGAAUUGGCUCAGAAGGGUAAUGUUUCGCCAUCAGAGAUCAUUGAGCAAGCCCGUGAAUUGGAGCUGCAAUAUAGCACUGCUUGUGAAGCAACUAGAUCGAGCUACGCUGCAGAACGGCGGUCUGAUUUUUCACUUGAUUUUGCUCGUUUUGUAGAAUCACGCAUGUUGUUGAAUGAGCAUCUGAAAAUGGAAGCUGCGGAGGAAGAUGGAAGUGCACGAGGAGCCAAUCUGUUAAGCAGUGAGCUUCGCAAGAUAGAUAGUGUUGCAGAUGAUCAGGAUGCUGUUGGAUCAGUGAAUGUCAAAGAGCAGCAGCCCAAUAGUGUUGCGGAUGAUCAGGAUGCUGUUGGAUCAGUGAGUGUCAAAGAGCAGCAGCCCAGUGAGAUGACUGAUCUGUUGCAGAUGUCAGAUGUUGCUGUCCUUACGAGCAAUCGUCUUAGACCCUUCGGGCCUAUGAAUAUUUUUGUAAAUAUCAUAUACCAGCAAAUGCUCCGUGAUGCAAUGGUUAAAAGAAGCAACAGUGUGACUGGAGUGCGCCGGCAUUAUCCAAACUAUCAAGAACGAUUGAAAUUAUUGGCAGAUUACUGCUCCGUACGGUCGUCGAUGACGGACUGUGACGAGCAGCCGCAGACUAACGAAUCUGACGAGCAGCUGGAACAUUUGCGCGAUACGGUAGCGAUGGAGCUUGGGACUGUUUUGACAAAGACUUUCUGGCCUAAAACUUUUACCGGCGACGAUAAAUUAGAGUUGUUUCUUGAUGUUAUUGGGAAAUUCCUUGGCGUUAAACACUUCAGUUGGGGAUGA